AUGGCGACCAACGCACCUCGCCACGAAUGUAAUGACAAUAGAGACAACAAAUGUGAGAAGAAAAGGUGUGCUCCCUUGAACUUGGCAACAGGACCCUGCCCCAACGCAAUAGUAAACAAUGCCACCGGCGUCGCAGCAGCCGCCUGUAACCAAGCCGACUGCAUUAUCUGCACAACCAUCAACCUUUACUCACCCUACGUGUCUGGUACUCCCUUUCCAUCUACUGGAAAAUUAUGGAUCCGUCAUAUUGACUCUGCCUUCGGUAUGCUCACCGAACGCCAAGGCGAAGAGAUGAAAGCGUGUAUGGAGGCCGGUGACCGCAUCCUCAACCUGACAAAUCACUUUGUCUUGCAGCAGAAACAUCUGAUUGAGGAGAUGGAGCGCAUUAAUCGCAGUUUGGAUAAGACACUGGAAGGAAGGGCCUGCCUGGAUGAGGACGACGAUAUUCUGCACGAUUCAGAUGCUGAUAAUAUCAUCAUCGAAGCACUCACUCAGCUUCGCAGUCUGGCCAUGGGGAAUAGUACGCAGCCGUGA